UCAAAUACAUAAUUUAACAAAGGAAAAAAUUAAAAUGUUUAUUUGAAGAAAUAUAAGAAAAUAGUUUAGCUCAUUAAUCUUGUUUCGUCGAGAUAGUCUAGAUUAAAAAAAAAUCAUUUUUCUAGGACGCUUGGUUCCCGAGAUAAUGACGAUUGAAGUAAUUUGAACGCGUCAGAUCAACUUUGUACUCGCGCACCUGGCCGCGCGCUAGCAGACAAAGCACGCGCGCGCGGCUUACUUUACCAUAUUAUUGUAGACAGGAUUAUCGUAAGUCCCUUUUAAUCCCUGUUACUCUUAUUUCUUACGCUAAACUUACUCUGUGUAUUGUACACGACGCAUGAGAUGCAUACAUGUAACAAAAAUUCUUGUUGAUAAAACAGAUCUUGUUGAUAAAAACAGUUAAAUAAUGUAAUAGAUGGGUGAAGAAUCAAAAAAUCCUCCACGUUUUGCUGUCGUGCGAUUCGAAACAUCGGAUUCAAGCAGAGUGAUUGAUUUAGUACCCUAUUCAUGGAUAUAUGAAAUGGGAGAAGAAGAACAUCAUUGCUUUUAUCCUGAUAAAAGCCAAUAUCGUGUUUUUAAAUAAGUGACUUACAACAGAUAAAAUGCCGGAUGAGAAUUGGCAGUCUUAUGCAGUAUCCGCUGUUGCAGAUGCAAGUAAGUAAUGGUCUAUCAUAAUCUACGUUGAUUUAUAAAUAAUGUAAUAUUAUUUAAUAAUAUAUUUGUAUCUGUGUCUUUAAUAACAUAAUUCUUCAUGAAUCGGUAGAAGAUUUAAAGCAAGGACAACGAAGAUUGAAACGGGUUUUAAAGACAGAACAUAUUCAAUGUACGGAUGAUUUACGUCAUAAUAAUAAUGAGCGCAGUCAUCAUAUCUAAAGAUUCUGCAGCUAAACAGCUAGAUACAGUUAAUUCAUAUUCCAAUUUCAAACAAUCGACAAAAAGGAAGAAUGAUGAAACGAAGACUGAUGAAACAAAGAAGAACGAUGAAACGAAGACUGAUGAAAAAAAGAAUGAUGAAAACAUAUUAACGCAAACACAGUUUCCUAUUACAUUGAACGAUAUUCCAGUGGAUAUAUUAUUGAACAUGCAACCAAAUGACUUAAUAGCACUGCAAGAUCAUAUAGAUGCAAAAUUCGAGCAGCUUCGGAACGAACUGAUUAGCCAAAUAACUUCUGUCAAAAGAAGUAUCUUAUAUGAUCUGAAAAGAAAAAUCACUCAAGUUAAACAUACUAUUGUCACUGCCAAUCAAUCUAUCGCUCCACAACCUAAUAUUGUUGUACGAAUCCCUUGGUAUAAAAUUACCUACUGUGACAUUAAAUGAUUUCUUGAGUCUUGAAAGAUGCAUUAUGUACACUUGAAAAGAAAAAGUCAUUGAUGAGAUUAUUUAGCAUAAUUACUGCUGGAGAAUGUACCGUGAAAGAUUGCAUAGCAAAAAUGAUGAAAUCAGUAAUGGAGAAAUCUGUUGAGCUUGAGUAUUCCGGUACAGGAAGAGUUAUUUGUGGACAGUCAAAAAAGAAUUUUAGUAGGACUAUGACAUACCAAUGCGUAAGAGACGUUUUGGUAGAAAAAUUUGGCGAUACGUUAGACAUAAAGAAACUACCUGGUCAAAUCGGUGUAUGGCUCUUUGGAGCGGGCGAUAGAGAAGGCGGAAGAAAAUAAAGAGUGCAACAAGAACAAGAACAAUAAAAUCUUUAAUAUAAAAACUAAUAUUAAAAUCAAAACAAUAUAUUGCUUAAUGUUAUAAACAUUAAAAUUUUAUUUUAUUUUAUAGUUUUAUAUUAUAUGUAUUUGUUUUUAAUAAAAAUAAAAAUAUUAAAAAAUGUAUUAAUAUAUAAAUAUUUAUAAUAACACAAAUAUCGCAAAGUAAUAUAAAAAUUAGGUAAACUCCUAAAAAUAAGGCUUACUCAAAUUUUUUAAAGUUAAGAGCCUGAGUAGAAUGAUUGACUUAUAAUUUUAAGACAAUGUCUUAUGCUUUUAGGAUUUGUCUUUAGUAACGCACAAUAUUAUUUUGUGUGUCAAGUCUUAAACAUGUGUACGAACUUCGUACCACUUGUGAUACAAGACAGUAUUGUGCGUUACUAAAGACAAAGACUUAAAGCAUAAAACAUUGACUUAAAAUUAUAAAUCAUUCUGCUCAGCCUCGAAGAAUAUGUAUGGAUACAUCUGGCAAUAUAGCAAUGCCAUUAUUGGUCCAAUAGUGGCGUGGAGUGUGUCAAGCAUUAGUGGGCCAAUGUUGAUGGUGACGCUUGGCUGUAUAUUAUUAAUCAUUUUUGGGCCAAAGUUAUCACUCCAUUAAAUUCCCAUUGUUGAGCCAGUCUUGGUUACCAAUAUUGCGCUAAUGUUGGCGUCCUGGCAACUAAGCUUGGACCAGGACUGGACCAUUAGUAAAACCCUAUAUAUUUCAAAGUGAACAAUAGACCAUUCUGGUGUAUUAUUCUUGGUACAUAUUUUAUCAUCCAGUAUAUACUAAUUUUUGACUGUAAACAUUAACGUUUAAUGUACUUUCGUUCAA